GGCAUCUCCCAUACUACAGAUUUCCCUUCCGCCCCUCUUCCUGUAGAGGGAGGAAGCUCCACAUAAGGACUCACUAAUUUUGUGGGUGCCAAUCUUGUCAAGAGGAAGAUACUUGGGGAUUAUUGAAGCUUUUCAAAAGAAAGAAGAUUCCCAUUAGGGAUUUGGGAGGAAAGGGCCAACUUUCUCUCCCCCCCUCCCAAAGUUAAUAUUCUCCCCACCUAUUUGACAGGCAUCUUGAUCUCUUGUGGGAACGGUACAAUUACCUGUCAAGGGGAAAUCUCCCAAUUCCUUUUUUUCCCUUUCUUUUCCCUACACAUGUGCCAAGGAUAACUUUCUCUUGACUCUCUGGGCUUGUGAACAUCACAUUGCAUUUCCUUAUUUAGAUCUGAAGGCCACAUAAACAGAACUGUGUGCAUGUCCGUUCAGAAAGGGACUUAAUUACUCUCAGCAAGAUCGGUCAGGAGUCUGGCACUAAUGGGAUCCAUCUGUUCUGAGUGAUGCCUUCAAAAGCCCGGAGUUGCUGCAGUAUAGCUUGAAGGUAGAGGGGGUUCCCCAAGAGCAGUAUGAUUAGAGGCUUCCCCCCUUUUUUCAAGACAGUUGCUUAAGCUGGAGGAAUUGUGUAAGCUUAAACUUGCCUCAGGAGAGCUUGCACAAGCACCAUCCCCUCCUCUCUCUUUUUUUGUGGGUGCUUAGUUCUGAGAGACUUGAAUAGGGUUUGCGCUGCCUGCCUGCCUGCCUACCUUAAUACCUGAAGCAGUGGGGUGACACAUCAUGUGUCAGGUAGACCCCAAGUGGUUGAAGGAUGCCCUUGGUAGUACCUACUAGACACGGAAGGCCUCGAACCUUUGUCAAGGGUGGAAGAGAAGCAGUUGAAAUCAGUAUUGAAAAUUCCUCCUUUAAAAAGACUUGGUUCCAGCUUCCGAACGGCUGAGAGGGCUCUCAUCGGAGGUCGUAUCUGGGUGGUGAGAGUGGUCAAAGCCGAGGGGUGUGUUUGGGCGCCUUGAUUCUUCACCUCACGGUUUGGGAACAGGAGCUGCCAUGCCUUGCUAGCAAUGGAACACCCUCUGAGAGACUAGCUUUCUGUUUCCAAACGCAGGAAGUAUUCUUGAAGAUGACUUAAGUCCUCAAGGAAGGGGGGAAAUACCUUGGACUUCCUCAGGAGAAAGUUGACUGUAAAUCAACUUUGUUGCUUUCCCCCAUCCUCCACACAUUGUUUAAGAGAAGCUAUAUAAGUAUUGGAACGAGGUGCUGGAUCUCUGUAGGGCCCUCCUGGGCUCGAGAGAAAAGUUCUCAUAGGCUUUCAUUUUUCAUUUGUAAAUUAAAACGUUUGUACAAUCUUUUUGGGAAUUCGCUAUUUACCUCCGCUGAACGUCCUUCUUCCCCACCCACCCUACCCCCAAAAAAUUGGGAGUAAAAAGGGAGCAUCCGAUACACCAGGAAAGUGGAUUUUUAAACUUUGGCACGCACACUUGUCGUCGUCGUCAUAGAACGCAAAGAGGCUUGGGUCAUUUUGAUUCACGAUGGAGGACUCCCAGCAGUUGGGGAUGUUUGUCGAAAGCGAACUGAUCUCGGUGGGCAUGGAUACUUUCAUCCACCGCAUAGACUCUACGGAAGUGAUCUACCAGCCCCGCCGGAAAAGGGCAAAGCUCAUAGGCAAGUACCUAAUGGGGGACCUGCUUGGGGAAGGAUCCUAUGGCAAGGUCAAGGAGAUGCUGGACUCCGAAACCCUCUGUAGGAGAGCAGUCAAGAUCCUGAAGAAGAAGAAGCUGCGGAGGAUCCCCAACGGGGAGGCCAAUGUGAAAAAGGAAAUCCAGCUCCUGCGGCGGCUGCGGCACAAGAACGUCAUCCAGCUGGUUGACGUCUUGUACAACGAAGAGAAGCAGAAGAUGUAUAUGGUGAUGGAAUACUGCGUGUGUGGGAUGCAGGAGAUGUUGGACAGCGUCCCCGACAAAAAGUUCCCCGUCUUUCAAGCGCAUGGGUACUUCUGCCAGCUUAUUGAUGGCUUAGAAUACCUGCACAGCCAAGGGAUUGUCCACAAGGAUAUCAAACCAGGAAACCUCCUGCUCACGACCAACGGGACGCUGAAGAUUUCGGAUCUGGGCGUGGCAGAGGCAUUGCACCCGUUCGCAGAGGACGACAUGUGCCGAACGAGCCAGGGGUCGCCGGCUUUUCAGCCCCCGGAAAUCGCCAACGGCCUGGACACCUUCUCCGGCUUCAAAGUGGACAUCUGGUCGGCAGGCGUCACGCUAUACAACAUUACGACCGGCCUUUAUCCCUUCGAGGGCGAUAAUAUUUAUAAGUUAUUUGAAAACAUUGGGAAAGGGGAGUACACGAUUCCCGAGGACUGCGGCCCUUUGCUUUCAGAUCUGCUUAGAGGAAUGCUUGAAUACGAACCAGCCAAGAGAUUUUCAAUACAACAGAUAAGACACCACAACUGGUUUCGGAAAAAGCACGCGCAGGCCGACCCUCUGGUCCCCAUCCCGCCCAGCCCGGAGACGAAGGACCAAUGGAGGAGUAUGACAGUGGUGCCUUACCUGGAGGACCUGCACGGCUACAACGAAGACGAGGAUGACGACGACUUGAAAGAUGACUACUUGGAGGACGAGAUCAUCUACACUCAGGACUUCACCGUGCCAGGACAGGUGCCUGAAGAGGAAGCGAGGCAGAACGGGCAGAGCCGCUGCAGCCGGGGGCUCCCCAAGCCGGUCUGCAUGAAUGGGACGGAGCCGGCGCAGCUUGGCGGCAAGACGAAGGCCGAGCGGCGGGCCAGCGCCUCCUCCAACCCUUCACGCAAAGCCUCGUCUUCCACCAGCAGCAAGAUUCGGAAGCUCUCCACCUGCAAGCAGCAGUGACGACCCGGGGCCUGAGCAUCACCCACCCGCAG